AUGAAUACACUCGUUCUAAUUGUUGAUGAUGAAAGAAGUGGAAGAACGAUAGUAGUAGUUGCUUUGGCCGUGGAUAAUGUGUGCUUGUCUGCGACAGAAACAGCUGUUGCUUCUUCUUCUUUUUCGGCGAUAGCAGCACUAGGAGAAUAUAAAUUUAUCUUUUUUUUUCAAUUACUGCCGAAAAAAGUAAAGAACAAUGAGAUUAUUGAAAAAUAUUUGUUUACAUUUGAACUGGAACAGGCACUGCUUGGAAAUGGGAAAUAUCCCAAAACUGUGAGAAUUGGAUGCGGAAGUGGUUUUUGGGGUGACACCUCUGUUGCGGCUCAGCAACUUAUCCAUCAUGGCAGAAUUGAUUUUCUUGUUUUUGACUAUUUAUCUGAAAUCACAAUGUCUCUUCUCACUGCUGCUAAACAAAAGAAUCCUAAUAUGGGUUAUGCACCAGACUUUGUACAUUUUUCUUUGGUACCCUACCUUGAAAUUAUAAAAGAUAAAGGUAUCAAGGUUGUCAGCAAUGCUGGAGGUGUGAACCCACAUGCUUGUGCCAAAUUACUAAGAGAAUUCUGUAUGAAAAAGAAUGUUGACCUCAAAAUUGCUGUAGUAACAGGAGAUGAUUUGAUGCUUAAGAUUGAGAAAAUGAAACAAUUAUCUCCCAAAGACAUGUCUUCUGGUAUGGAAUUUCCAAAAACUGUUCAUAGUAUGAACGUUUAUCUUGGAGCAGGUCCUAUUGAAAAGGCUCUUGACCUUGGUGCUGAUAUUGUUGUGACUGGCAGAUGUGUGGACAGUGCUUUGGUCCUUGGACCUCUCCUUCAUACUUUCAAAUACAAAAAGAAUGAUUUUGACCUACUUGCAUCUGGUAGUCUUGCUGGUCACAUAGUAGAAUGUGGAGCUCAAGCUACUGGAGGUAACUUUAGUGACUGGCAUACAGUUAAAAACUGGGAUACAAUUGGUUUCCCAAUUGUGGAAUUUUCAGAGGAUGGCUCUUUUCUUGUUACCAAACCCCAAUCAACUGGUGGCUGUGUCACAAGAGCCACUGUUUGUGAACAAAUGUUAUAUGAAAUUGGAGAUCCUAAGAGAUAUCAAUUACCUGACGUAACAGCUGAUUUUAGCCAAGUGCAGAUAAAGGAAAUUGAAGGAAUGAAGGAUAUGGUCCUAGUACAAGGUGCUAAAGGAACUCAACCAUCCAAUGAUUAUAAGGUUACUGCUACUUAUGCUGAUGGUUUUCGAGCUACAGCAGUUGCAUGUGUUGGGGGACCUCGCAGUGAAGAGAAAGCAACAAAAACAGCUGAUGCUAUUUUAGAAAGAUGCAGAAAAAUAUUCAAAAAACUAAAUUUGGCUGAUUUUACUAAAGUUCAUGUGGAACUCUUGGGAUCAGAACCAUUAACAUCUUGCUCUCAGACAAUUCCACGACAAUUAGGACUCUGGUUAGCAGUUCAACAUGAUAAUAAAACAGCCCUGGAGAUUUUUGCUCGAGAGAUUGCACCAGCUGGAACAGGAAUGGCACCUGGAUUAACAGGAAUAGUUGGAGGAAGACCUCGAGUAUCUCCUGUACUGAAGCUUUUUUCAUUUUUGUAUCCUAAAGACAAUAUUACCGUAAAAGUUUUCAUAAAUGGUGAAGUAAAAGAAAAGUUUAAGCCAGUGAAAAAUUCAGAAUUUUCUGAAACAGUAAACCAGAAGACAAUUUCUAAUGACAUAAAGGCUGAAACACUGCUAGAUGGAAACUUUACAUUCAGAUUGGAAGAGCUUGCCUACACUCGAAGUGGUGAUAAAGGAAAUACAGCAAAUAUAGGGGUCAUAGCACGAGAUCCUUCUUAUCUUCCUUACCUCAAGAAAGCUCUUACAGAGGAAGCCAUCAAAGAAUACUUCAGCUAUUUGUUUGAAGAUAGCAGAAGAGCACAAGUGACAAGAUAUGAUGUACCAGGGAUAUAUGGAAUAAAUUUUGUUUUACACAACUCACUUGGUGGGGGUGGAAUUGCAUCUCUCAGGAGUGAUCCUCAGGGUAAAGCCUUAGGCCAGAUUCUGAUGGAUUUUCCAAUUACAUGUGUUCCUAACCUGUGUAAUAAGUAA